AUGUCUGGGUACUACGAAGUCUACCUCGCGCGAUACAAUCUCGCUAUGCAAGACCCUGAUAUGCCGGGCCCGGGUCCAAGAUUUCACACGGCUAUCUUCGUCCAAACCGCAGCAGACAAGAGUGGCAUCCAGUACCACGUCACGGGUGAUGUCACCUCUGCUGGUGGGAUGAUUUAUACCCCGCAACCACGGCAAUCUGCUGAUUACUCGGGGUCUUUGAACUCGCUUGAUAAACUGGGCGUUACGCCCGUGUCCAAGCAUCCUGCUGAUUGGGAUAGGGUCUUGAGAAGGAUCCCGACGCCGCCCCAGCAGAAGGCGUUCAACAUCAAGACAAUGAAAACCGAACCAUUCAAGACCCAGGCGCCACUGACCUUCUACGAGCCAGGAGAGCCCCGAAGGCCCUUGGUGAAGUGCACUGAAUGGAUUUUGGACCGAGCCAUACCUGCUCUUCGAGCAAACGGGCUAAUAAUUGAACAAUAG